UCAGUAUGGGUAUUUUUUAGUUUUAGUCUCCAUCAAUAGAUUAAGUAUACGUCAAGAAGUACAUGCCGGUUAUCCUGUCAAUAGUCAAGAGUGACCAAUAAGCAAAAAUUAAUUAGAAGCUACAGAAGACUCCAUGGUUUUAGAAUCAAAAAUUUAAGACCUAUCCUGAUCCUUGGAGUUCCUUGGCAAGUCCGGCAAGUCGAUCUAAAAUACCACAAUUGGUCCUCAUCAACCUGAUCCCAAGCAAUCUUCCGGCAAUUUCUUGACAAUUACAAAUACAAAAUCAAAUGUUACGUAGCCUGACAGUCAAGGUUAGGCCGAAUUGCCUAAUCGAAACACCGAAAUGGUGCAUGCUGGGAAAACACACUCGUUGCUAUGCCAGCGAGCAGGAACCCAAUCUCGAGCCCAUAGUCAUGAGCACAGAUGUCUUUGAUGGCCCCAAAUUGGAUGUCACACAGCCGCCAUUGAUUACGAUGCACGGCCUCUUUGGAUCAAAACAAAACUGGCGCGGGAUAAGCAAAGCCUUGUCCCAGAGAACCAAUCGUCGGAUAUACACGGUGGAUGCCCGUAAUCAUGGCGAGAGCCCGCAUACCACUGUCCACAGCUCUGCUUCGAUGUCAGCGGAUGUGGUGGCCUUUAUGAAAGCCAGAAAACUGGAGAAAGCAUGCCUAAUGGGUCACAGUAUGGGCGGACGCACCAUGAUGUACUUUGCCCUAAAGUAUCCCCAGUUGACGGAUCGUUUAAUUGUGGUCGAUAUAUCGCCAAUUGCUGUGCCCCGAUCUACCAAUGAAAUGAUACGCAUAUUUGAUGCCAUGAUAAACAUGACUGUUUCCCCAUCCGUGUCCAUGUCGGAGGGACGAAAACUAGUUCGAGAGCAAAUCAAACAGGCCACUGACUCCAAUGAAACGGUGGACUUUAUAAUGCUCAAUCUGAGAAAGGAUCCUCAGACGGGAGUCUUCUCCUGGGCAUGCAAUGCACAAUUGUUACGCGAUUUUCUGCCAAAAUUUCAGCAAUAUGGCUCAAAACUCUCCAACCUGCCACCAUAUACAGGACCAACUACAUUUAUAUGCGGCACUCAUUCACCCUACAUGAAACGCGAUCAUUGGCCACAAAUUCUGGAACUAUUUCCAAAUGCCAGUAUUCAUUGGCUUGAGACUGGACAUUUAGUGCACUUUGAGCAACCACAACAAUUCCUAAGCCUUGUCGGAGAUUUUAUCAAUCAGCCUUAAUACAAAAUUUCAAUAAGUUUAGCACAAAUUUUUAGUUAGAUAUUAGAAUAAUACAUCUCAAAUUAAAAAUCGUUACUAUGGAUUUUGAUAAUAUAUAUUUAUCAAUAAACUAAACCAACCAUCAAGUACCUGUCAAAGGCAAA